AGCAGCCAAUCGCAUAGUCGCAAGCAAUAAGAAGUCGCAGGAAUCUUGCCAUUUGAAUGUCUACAUUGCAGGUUAAUGUCGCAGUACAUCAAAGUGGAUGCCGAACAUCGUCGACUAUUUUUGCUAUUUUGUAGUGGAUUAUUGUGUUACGCGAAAUUGUCGUUAUUAAGAAAAAAGACACGAAAGAGAAGAUGGUGGAUUCGUUCUUUAAAUAAUUAUGAAAAGCAUCGUAAUGUGGGUUUUCACAUGAAUUUGUUUAAAGAGAUCAGACAAACUGAUCAUGAGCAAUUUUUUAUGUAUACGUGUAUGUGGCCACAUAUGUUUAAUGAACUUUUAACUCGAGUUCGUCCGUUUUUGGAGAAAAGUGGUCCAUGGCGUCCACACUCUGUACAACUGAAGUUGGCUCUAACUUUAUCGUUUCUUGCACAUGGUGAUAGUGUAAAUUCCAAAGCGUGGGAAUUUCGUAUUGGACGCUCCACUGUAUAUGCCAUUAUUCACGAAGUCUGUCGUGCAUUGUGGCAGGCACUUCAACCAAUAGUUCUUCCCGAACCUGAUGAACUGAAAUGGUCUGAAGUUGCUGAAGAUUUCUUCGAGAAGUGGCAGUUUCCUAAUUGUGUGGGAGCUCUUGAUGGAAAGCACAUUAGAAUUGAAGCUCCAACUCAUUCAGGAAGUCAAUUUUUUAAUUAUAAGAAGUACUUCAGCAUUGUUCUUUUGGCAAUAUGUGACGCAAAUCAUAAAUUUGUGUGGGUGGACAUUGGGCAAUGUGGAGGUAUCAGCGACAGCGGUGUAUGGAGUAAUACUGAAUUGGCAGCCAGAGUGCGAGAAAAAACUGCUGAAAUUCCAGGUCUUCGGUAUCUCCCAGGGACAGCAAUAAAAACCAAUCAUGUAUUUGUAGGCGAUGAAAUAUUCCCUCUUGAUCUGCAUAUAUUAAAACCUUAUAGUAAAAAAGAAUUAACUGAAAAUAGAAGGAUUUUUAACUAUAGAUUGUCAAGAGCACGCCUAAGUAUAGAAAACAUGUUUGGUAUUCUUUGUGCACGCUGGCAAAUUCUCAAUGAACCUCUAAAAUUCUCUUUAACUAAUUUAGAAGAAGUAAUAGAAGCUUUAGUUUGUUUGCAUAAUUAUAUUAUGAUCAUGGAGGAAAGAUUUGAAACAUCUCGGCGACGCUAUUGUCCACAAAAUUUUAUCGAUCAUGAAAAUGCAGAUUAUGAAAUAAUGGAAGGAGUAUGGCGUGGUAUAGCAGAAAGAGGAACAUUAUUUGAGAAUAUCCGAAAAAUGGGAGGUAAUUCAGGCUCAAAUGCUGCUAAAGCAUAA